UUCAUGGUUAUAUUGUUUUUCGUAACCUCUAUAUAAGUUAACAAAGUUGAAUAAUACUUCGUACAUUAAGUCUAUUUGUUUUGAAAAGAUAAAGCAACACAAAUCACUGAUAAAUAAUAUUAAAAGUGUGACAAAUACUUUAUUGUAAUCAUCUUGUAUGAACAACAAUGCCUAUGGGUCUCCUUUAAUUUUGCACGUGUAUUUGCAGCGGCAUUCCGUUAAUUUCACCGCUAGAUGGCUUCAAAAUCAAAUCUUUUUCAAGCUCUACUUGACACGAAUCUUCCUAUAAAAAAUCAGUUAGAAACUAUUGUAUUGUUUCUGAUGGACACAGAUAACUCACAGAAAAAGUAAUACAUACAAAUAUCCAAUUUCAAAGUUCCAAUUCUUUGCAUACUUAGGAACAACCAAGUUACGGCAAAUACACUAUUUUGUCAUGUCAAUAUUAUUAUGCAACAAGUAUUUAAAUGUCAUGGUCACGCAAAUGUCAACACUGUAUACUCACAAAAUUUAGGCGGUUUCAAAUUAAAAUUCAAAAAUAUGGAACUGAAUUGGGCAUUUCUAGCGAGAUUCUGCUUUUUAACAGAACUAGGUAUAUUUCGGUAUGAAUUUGAAUUAAGUGGCGAGGAAAAGGAUUUGAAAAUAUUAUUGUAUUAUGACGCGCCCGAUCAAUGGCCCAGCGUUUAUCCCUCAAAUAAAACAUGCUUGGAAAAAGAAUCUAUACUAUGGGAUGGAAUUGGUCAAAUAGUACCAUUAUCAACGCUUAUGCCAAAAAAAUCAGGAUGCGAGGACGACGGAUUAACGGUGCGAUGUUCUAGCUAUCGAAGGUUUCGAUCAUCUCGCCCAAGAUGGUGGUUUAUUGCGUUAGCAGAUUGCUCUUCGCAAACUGGAUUGAACAUUUCCUAUUGGAUAUCGUUAACGAAUGCACAGCCCGGCAAUUUUUGGAGAGAACACUUCUCAGCAGAUGAAUUCUAUAUACUACCAGAAUUGAUAGCAAUCAGUAGUAUAUAUGUUAUACUUGUUAUAUUAAGCUUCUAUGUAGCAGUGCAAUUGAAAUCAAGGAGACUAUUACACGUGUCUUACAAAAUAUAUAUAGCUUCCCUGCUUUUCCAAUUAUUCGGGAUAAUGCUUGAAAUUUAUAGUUACAUGAAUCUUGGUUUGAAAGGUAUGGCAUCAGAGAAUGCUUCCUUGAUAGGCCAACUUUCAGAAGCCUGCUCAGAUAUUUUGUUCACCGUACUUAUGUUACUACUCGCGAUUGGUUUCACGGUGACGAAAAGUGUUCUAACAGCGAGACAAACUCGAUGGCUUGUCUGUUUUGUGUGUUUUACUUCCUUCUUUCAGUUCACGUUAUACAUUUACCAAUCCGAUGUAUUUGAUCCUGGAUUGGUAUUAUACAUUUACGAAUCACCACCAGGCUACAUGUUAAUAGCUGUAAAGCUGAUCGCAUGGAUCGUCUUUUCCCUUCGUUGCUUGAAGACAAUUAAAAAAAUGUCGACAAAACUUCAUUUUUACGGCUCAUUAUUUUCUUUGGGGUCAGCGUGGUUCCUGUGCCAUCCGCUAACGGUGCUCUGCAUUACUUUGUUAGUAGACGAUUGGGUAAGAGAAAGCGUUGCUAAAGGAUGCUCGUUGUGGAUCGUGUUUGUGGGACAUAUAGUGUUUUUGUAUAUUACUCGACCAUCUAUGGCUAACAAACGGUUUCCAUUUCAUAUCAGAACAUGUCAAGUUAUGCCAGUUGGUGGUGAUGGACAAAACCAUAGCUAUGAACCUCAGAUUAGGACAUUGAAUUCUGCAUUUACUAUUUCACAUUUACCACCACCUAUUUCCUACCAAUGAUUAUACUCUAAAACAGGUCAUUUAUAAACAUUUAAAGCCGUCAGCGAUUGUAAGUUAUUAUCAGUCGCAAGAACCAUCGAGCCAACCAUCUCUCCACCUUUGAUCAACAAGAUUACAAUCGAAUUCAGGUUUUCCAAUUUUCUUGUUUACCUCAUUAUGUAUGUUGCAAAGCCAACGACUCAAUGUUCUCUGUGAGUCAGUCUGUGGCGGGGACUGCUUUAAUUGUUCCCUUAAAUCUUCUGCACAUACAUAACAAGGAUAAAAUUUAGAGAAUGUGUGAAAAAAUUGUUUCAUAUCAGAUUUUUCUGCUUCGCUUGGUUGAUCUGGGUAAUAUGCUGCCAUGGUAUGUAACAGUGACCAUGUUCUAGAACCUAAUUCAUCCUUAUCCAAAGGACAGUCAUCACGUUUACCCUUGUUAUUUACAGAUUGAUUAUGCUCCUGUUUUU